GGAUUCAAAUUUUUAAUUUUAUCGCAAUUUUUCCAUUGAAGGAGGAAAAGUUAGGUUAACUUUUCCUUUUCGAUGAGACAAAUUAGAUUGAUAAAUAAAUAAUUGAAUAAAUAAAAAAUGAAAGUUGGUGGGAUUUCCAUAUCUACUCCAAGAUUAUCAAUGCCUCUCAAUCUCAAUUGUAGCACUUCUUCAUAUUAUUCAUUUAGAAGAUCGAAGACAACAACGACACCAAACAAGGUACCGAAAGGAUACCUUGCUGUUUACGUUGGACCGGAGUUUAGAAGGUUUGUGAUUCCAAUAAGAUUCUUGAGGAUGCCGGAGUUGAAGGAUUUGAUGGAUGAUGUGGCUGAGGAAUUUGGUUGUGAUCAUCAUGCUGAUGGUGCUCUUCAUAUUCCAUGUGAUGAAGAUUAUUUUGGCAAUGUUUUGAUUACUUGUUUUGCAAAUCAACGUAGGGUAUCUUCUAAGAACUAUAAGAUCAAACUUGGUAAUAAGAUUCCCUUAAUUUACAGUCAUUAAUUAAUUCUUAUGGAUUAUGGCUGCAUUAUUUAUUACUAUUAUAUACAUAAUCCUCGAUCUACCUCCCUCGUGUGUAAUGGAAAUUAAUUAACAUGCAAUGCAAUUUCUUUGUUAUUGUAUA